AACGUACAAUCGUCCCAUGAAAAUGGAAAACGAAAAAAUUAAGUGAUAAAGUGUUUUACAACCGAAUAAUAUUAAAUCACUCUUAUAAAUUGCAUGAGCAAUUUUUUUUAGAGUGUAUAAAAAUACAUACAAGCUUGCUUUGUUUGUUUUUCAAGCAAUCGCAAAGUUAUUUGAAGUUGAAGUGACAGUUCAAAAUGCCGGCCAUAUAUGUUGAUGCUAACGAAUUCAGCGACGAUGACUCGGAUCCCCCUACUAGUGGAACUACGCAUAUUACCAUGUGGUAUAUGAUGGUCUUACUGGCGUUACUACUUAUAUGGUUCAUGGUCUACUUCUGCUUACGACUAUUCACAUUAAGACAAAAGACGCGCAACUCGCAGCAGAGGCGGACUUAUAUGGGAUCUCGACAGAGACCAUCGGAAACUCCAACAGAACCUACUAUAUAUGUUAGUCCAGCAAACUUGCCGCCCCCGCCCAAAUAUGAGGCCAUGGCGCCGCCCAGCUACGAGGAAGUGGUUGGGAUACACUAUCCAAAUUUCCAACCAAUAUCACAACCAAUCACAACAGCUUUAGCACAAAGCUCGAACACAACAGAAACAACAGCUAAUAACAAUAACGUUAACGAUAAUGGAAAUAACGAAAUUAACGUAAAUAACGAAAAUAAUGUCAAUAACCGAUCGCCUUCAGUUGUUAUAUCUGUGCCAGUUGUUGCUAGUUCGUGAUUUUAGUGAAUUAAAUUAUUUAUUAUACCGGUUAAAACCGGUUCGUACUGCAUUUAAAUGUACAUUGCGGGUUUUAUGUGCAUAAGUGUAUAAGAUGUUUUAGAUAAAUCAGAAGCCUUUUUCAUUAUAUAUAUGAAACAAUUAAAAGGCUUCAAAUUUAAUAACUAAGAUCUUAACGAAGAUGUCGUUAUAUAAAUUUUAAUCAAUCAAAUAUCUGUAUCAAAUUAAAUUCUGUAAUUUAAUGAACACAAUUUUUUUAAAUGAACAGUGUUUUUAUGUACCUAUACUUCAAAAAUAAUCGUCAGUCUCAUUAAAGAGGACGCAGACUGACAUUUAUUUUAAAAACAACAUUUAUAAUUUUUAAAUAUCCAAAAUUAUAUUAUAUAAAUAUAUUUAUAUUAAAAUUUAGUUAUAAGUAA